AUGCUAGGGAAUCACCAGAAAAACUUAACAGCAGUCUGUGUACCUGGGAGUGCUACAGAUUCUUCAGAGAAACCUGACAGCAGUGUACCCGGGAAUGCCACAUAUUCUCCAGAGAAACUUGACAGCAGUGUACCUGAGAAUGCCACAGAUUCUCCAGAGAAACCUGACAGCAGUGUUCCUGGGAAUGCCAAAGAUUCUCCAGAAAAAGUUGACAGCAGUGUACAUGAGAAUGCCACAUAUUCUCCAGAGAAACUUGACAGCAGUGUACCUGAGAAUGACACUGAUCCUCCAGAGAAACUUGACAGCAGUGUACCUGGGAAUGCCAAAGAUUCUCCAGAAAAAGUUGACAGCAGUGUACCUUGGAAUGCCACGGAUUCUUCAGAGAAACCUGACAGCAGUGUACCUUGGAAUGCCAUAUAUUCUCCAGAGAAACUUAACAGCAAUGUACCUGUGAAUGCCACAGAUUCUCCAGAGAAACUUGACAGCUGUGUAUCUGGGAAUGCAAAGGAUUUUCCAGAGAAACUUGACAGCAGUGUACCUUGGAAUGCCACGGAUUCUCCAGAGAAACCUGACAGCUGUGUACCCGGGAAUGCCACUGAUCCUCCAGAGGAACUUGACAGCCGUGUACCUGGGAAUGCCACAGAUUUUCCAGAGAAACUUGACAGCUUUAUACACCAUGAUUUUGUUGGUGAUGAUGAUGAGUUUUCUUUUUCGGAUUCCAAUGAUUCUGAUUAUUCACCUUCAGAAGAUACUGAUCAGGGUUCUAGUGAUACAGAUGACAAUGCAGUUUGUUCCUUGCUACAUUUAAAAGAUUCAUCCAAUCCUUCCGAUUAUGUCAGUGACAGUAAUGAUUCUGAGAAAAGUAUUGAUGUUCCAAUAUCUAUCCCUUUUGAAACUAGGGGUUCUAGUGAUACAGAUGACAAUGCAGUUCAUUCCUUGCUACAUUUGAAAGAUUCAUCCAAUCCUCCCGAUUAUGUCAGUGACAGUAAUGAUUCUGAGAGAAGUAUUGUUGUGCCAAUAUCUAUCCCUUUGGAAACUAUCACUGUACAGAAAACCAACACAGAGAAAGGAAAGCAGAAAUGGGACAAAAAACAUGCAUGCAAAUUUUGUGGAAAAUUGUACCCAAAACUGGCUAGACACUUGGAAACAAUGCACAAAAAUGAAGUUAUUGUAGCUAAGGCUCUUUCCUUACCCAAAAACAGUGCCGAAAGAAAAGAAAUUUGGAAAACAAUAAGAAAUGAAGGAGACUGGGAUCACAACUUCAACGUUCUGAAAAAUGGAACUGGAACAUUAAUACCGAAGUAUAGAGAGCAGAAGACCAGAGCACAUAGUGAAUUUAUUCCAUGUAGUGGUUGCAAGGGUUUGUACUCCAAAACUUCAUUGAGUGAUCAUUUUAAGACAUGUGUUAGUAAGCAGACUGAUAAAAAAAAUCAAGGAGUGAAAGAAGGUCGUUUUUUACUACCUAUUCCAGAACAUAUUAAUGGAGGAUUUUACAAAGAUGUUUUAUUAUCCAUGUCUCAAGAUGACAUUUAUAUGUAUAUAUAUCGCGAUCCACUCAUACUGAAAUUUGGAAAGCGCCUGUAUGAAAAUAAGGACAUCCAGGAACAUACAUCUAACCACAUCAGCUGCAGAAUGAGAGAACUAGGCAGACUAAUUGGAGAAGCCAAAAAGACACCUGAAUGGGGUAUCCAGAAGAUUGAGGAUUGUUUUAGUCCUGAGAAAUUUAACAAUGUUGUGUCAUGUGUGAAGUCCCUUGCUGGAUUUAGUGAAGAUACACAUAUGUAUGCAACUCCUUCACUUGCACUAAAAAUAGGGUAUAGUCUUCAACGAUGUGCAAGGAUUUAUAGAUCAGAUGGAAUUAUUGAGUCAGAUAUAACAAAACAAGAGAAUGGUUCAGCCUUUAUUCAGUUGUAUGAGUCUGAUUGGAACGAUCUCAUCUCUUCCCGCGCGCGACAAACUUUGAGUGAGAAAAAGUAUAAUGCGCCAAAAAUGUUACCUCUAUGCGAGGAUGUGUACAAGCUUAAUUCCUACCUAAAAGAAAAAAUCAAAGAACUUUUGAUGAAAUUGUCGAAUGAUUCAGCUUUCUACAUUGAGCUGGCAAAGAUGACGCUAUGUCACAUAACUCUCUUUAACAGGAAGAGUGGAGGCGAUGUGCAGCGUAUUACUGUAGACAAUUACAAGCAAGCUAUUGAAGCACAAAACAGUGUUCCCUACGAUGACGAACUUAAAUCAAGUUUGUCAGACAUGGAAAUUGAGCUUUGUCGUUCUUUGACUCGAAUUGAACUCAAAGGCAAACAGGAAAGAAAAGUUGCAAUAUUACUUACUCCAGAGAUGAUUAAAUGCAUUGAUCUCUUAAUGCAGAAAAGAAGUGAUGCAAAUGUAUGUGGAAAAUAUUUAUUUGCUAGACCAUCACCCUCCACACGAACACUAAGGGCAAGUGACGUAUUGAAUGAAAUAUUUGGGAAAAUAGAAUUGCGCUAUGGAAACAUUAUAACCUAUACAAACCUCAGAAAACACAUUGCCACAAUGGCACAAAUCCAUGAGCUUAGUGAAAACGGUCAGGAUCAGUUAGCCAAAUUCCUUGGCCAUGACAUAAGAGUCCACAGAGAAAUUUAUCGGCAACCAUUGGAUAUCAUUCUAAAAACAAAGAUCUCCAAGAUGUUGAUGCUAAUUAACGAGGGGAAAAAUGUCAUAGAGAUGCUCUUUAAUAAUCAGGAGGAGGUAAAGGAAAUUAACGGGCCCUGUGCUGAUGAGAGUGAUGGAGAAAUGGAUUACCAGACUGAUAAAGACAGUCUUCAUAAUAAAAGCGCUCAAGUCAAGCUUCAGUCCACAGAGGGUCAUAGUUUUAAACUAAAUGUUUCCUGA